AACCAUAAAUACCCCCCCCCUCGUGUCUGCCCUCGAAUGGCUCGACCCCACCAAACACCAAGUGGCACCAAAAAAGAGGGACUCUACCACGUCCUUGCAGGCAUACCCAGUGGAGGAGAAGUGGAUCAGGAAGAUGUCGGAGCAGCAGAGCGCCCCAGAGCAACUCGCUGCUGGGAAGAGCCAGGGUGGAGCUGGAACCACAUAUAAGGUGGUGGUGUUUGAGUUUGAAAAUUUCCAGGGCGGUAAGGCGGAAUUUUCUGCAGAAUGCAAAGACUUGACAGAGAAGCGACUGGAGAAGGUUGGCUCUUUGAUUGUGGACUCAGGGCCCUGGGUGGGUUAUGACCGGCAUGGGUUCACAGGAGAGCAGUUUAUUCUGGAAAAGGGUGAGUAUCCACGCUGGGACACCUGGACCAACAGUCAGCGCAGCUUCUCCCUGCUAUCUCUAAGGCCACUUAAAGUGGAUAGUGCUGAACACAAGCUACACCUCUAUGAGAACCCUGGGUUCACUGGCAGAAAGAUGGAGAUUGUUGAUGAUGAUGUGCCAAGCUUGUGGGGCCACGGUUUUCAAGAUCGCGUAGCGAGCGUCAAGGCUCUCAACGGAACAUGGGUUGGCUACAUGUACCCAGGCUACAGGGGCCGUCAAUUCAUCUUUGAGCGGGGAGAUUUUAAGCACUGGAACGACUGGCAGGGACCCUCUCCCCAGAUCCAAUCUGUCCGACGUGUUCGGGACAUGCAGUGGCACAAGACGGGAUGUUUCAUAGUUCCCGACCCUGCCCCUGCUCCCGGCCCAGACCCUGAUCCAGCUCCAGCUCCUCCCGGCCCUCCUGCAGCAGCUGGGGCCAGCUGAGCAGGAUCCUCACCUGCUUCUCAAACUCCAACUCUGCCCCAAAGUGCCUGCCCUCUGCUUUAACCUAAUCAUGGCAAACACUGACAAGUGACAAGUGCCAUGUGUGUUUUAGUGGCAAAUAAAGGUUGUUUGACCUGGAA